AAAAAAACCGGCCUCAUAUUUUCAGCCAUGGCUUCCUUCUUCGGACCCUCUAAUCCAAUUCCUCCAUCAUCAUUCGGACCCCCAAGAACCGACCCGUUAACCCGCCGGAAUGACCCGUUAACCCACCGGAAAGUUAGCGUACCCGGAUCCAAACCGGAUUCUUCUUCAAUGGAGGUUGAGAAGCUGAAGGUGAAGGAAGCAAAGGAAAGGAAAGAGGAAACGAACAAAAAGAUAGCUUCACAGAAAGCUGUAUCGAUUAUUCUUCGAAGAGAAGCUGCAAAAGCAGUGAUUGAGUAUAAGAAGAAGAAAGGGAAUUCGAAGAAAUUAUUGCCUCGUACUGUUCUUGAAGCUCUUCAUGAACGUAUUACUGCUUUGCGUUGGGAAUCUGCUCUUAAGGUCUUUGAACUCCUCCAGGAGCAGUUGUGGUACAGGCCCAAUCCGGGCAUUUAUAUCAAAUUAAUUGUCAUGCUUGGAAAAUGUAAGGAACCUGAGAAAGCUCAAUCUUUAUUCGAGAUGAUGGUGGAGGAAGGCUGUGUCGUGAAUCAAGAAGCUUACACUGCUCUUUUGUCCGCCUAUAGCCGUAGUGGUCGCUUUCACGAAGCUUUUUCUAUCCUGGAAGAGAUGAAGAACAUUCCGAACUGCCUCCCCGAUGUCUUCACAUAUAGCAUCCUGAUAAAAUCCUGCCUGCAGGUUUAUGACUUCGACAAAGUGCAAAUCCUGCUUUCCGACAUGGAAUGCAUGGGGAUCAAGGCCAAUACAGUAACAUAUAAUACUCUUAUUGAUUCCUAUGGCAAAGCGAAAAGGUUCAAAGAGAUGGAAUCCACACUUGUUGAAAUGCUGCGGCGAAGAGACUGUAAGCCAGAUGUGUGGACCAUGAACUCAACAUUGAGAGCAUUUGGUGGCAGCGGGCAAAUAGAAAUGAUGGAAAAAUGCUAUGAGAAGUUUCAGAGUGCUGGAAUUGAACCUAGUAUCAAGACAUUCAACAUACUCUUAGAUUCAUACGGGAAAACAGAAAAUUACGAGAAAAUGGGUGCUGUGAUGGAGUUUAUGCAGAAAUAUCAUUUUUCAUGGACCAUAGUUACUUACAAUAUCGUAAUAGAUGCAUUUGGAAGGGCUGGAGAUUUAAAGCAAAUGGAAUUUCUUUUUAGGCUGAUGCAGUCUGAGAGGAUAAAACCAAACUGUGUUACUCUUUGUUCUCUUGUAAGAGCUUAUGGGAAAGCUGGUAAAGCUGAAAAACUUGGAGCUGUUUUGCGGUUUAUUGAGAAUUCUGACGUGGCACUUGACACCGUGUUUUUUAACUGCCUAGUGGAUGCAUAUGGGAUGAUGGGAUGCUUCACAGAGUUGAAAGGGGUGCUCGAGAUGAUGGAACAAAGUGGAUGUAAGCCAGAUAAGAUAACAUACAGAAGUAUGAUUAAAGCAUAUUCAAUAAAUGGAAUGACUAACAAAGCAUCAGAACUCCGAAACCUACUUGCCUCGUUGGAGAAGGCACGAUAGCUUCAUAGUUCAAAGACUAGCAAUAGCAAUGAGCCAAAAUGUGAUUCUGUGCAUCACGAGUUCUUUGGUCAGAUAACUUCUGAGCCACUGUUGUAAGUGGCUUCAGAAAUGGUUGAAAGACAUUGUUCUUGGUGGCCUUAACAUUGAACUGAAUGCUGUCAGCAAAGGAAAAGGAUUGUCGUUUAUCAGCUAACAUCACCAAUGAAAACGAUCAGUUGGAACUGGACCGCAGUGGAGACGAGCAGUCAAUGAUUUCACAAGCUCUGGCUUCACAGAAUCUUGAAGCUCAAUUGAAGUAGCAGGUCUUGGACAGCAAUCAAAGGAUUAUCUUUCUCAAAUGUGUUUUUAGGAACUGUUUGUUAAGGUCCUCUGUAGAUAUGUAGAUAUGUUGUUCAGACUCUCCAAAAAUGUUGUCACACCCGUGUCGGACUACUUUUAAAGGAUCCAACACACAUCAGAUGACAUUUCUUUGAAGAGUCCAAACAACAUAGCUCUAAAGUUGUAUAUUGUUCAACAUCAUAUGGAUCAAUAUAUUCAGACAAAUAAAACAUUGCAGUUACUAAGAUUCCAUUCUUGAUUUUAGGGAA